AUCAGCAUUAGAGCUGCAUCGGUCGCCGACAGCGAUGCGAUAGCAAAUGUCUGUCUCUUGUCUGCCUAUCAAGGCCGUUCCGCGAAGACCAUCUCUCGACAUCCGGAGUUACCCCCACAAGUGCACGCUCUCCCCUAUCUCCAUCUUCCUUCCGGAUUCGCAUACGUGCUCGUCGAGACGAUUGACCUAGCAAGGUACGUAGUUGGCACGGGCGAGACAACGCAGUUCAACCGUGAAGUCGAAGCAUUGUGGCUGCCGGUGUUGAGAGAGAAGUAUCCCAAAGACCUUAUCGGCACGGCGCUCGACCGCCACUUCGUUGGUCUCAUUCACAAAGGCCCGAAGUUAACUUCUACUGGCCCAUUGCAUAUCCAAGUCGAUAUCCUCAAUAAAUAUAGGGGACAAGGAUACGAUCGUCUCCUCGUUGACGUUGCGAUGAACCACCUA